GAGAUGGAGGAGGAGGCGCUGUCCCUCGCUGCCGUGACCGUGCUGGCUGUUCUGGAGCAAGCUUAUUUCUCUCUCCAGGUGAUCAGCGUCAGGAGGAAGUUCUCGGUGACGCCUCCGGCCACGACCGGCCCACCGGAGUUUGAGAGAACCUUCAGAGCUCAAGCAAACUGCUCUGAGUAUUUCCCCAUCUUCAUCAGUGUCCUGUGGACGGCCGGAGUCUUCUUCAGCCCAGGUCUGUCCUCGGUGUGCGGGCUGCUGUAUUUAUACGGACGUCUCCGUUACUUUCGUGGUUAUUCAGAGUCGGCUCAGGGACGUCUGGCUCCACUCUACUUCUGCGCUCAGGUUCUCUGGGCUCUGAUUGGCCUCUCGACUGUGGGCGUCGUCUUCUCGUUCUUCAGAGUUUACCUGAACGUGGACGUCCUGCAGCAGCUCGGCUCCGCCCUCGACCUGCCCUGAGGUCAAAGGUCAAAGGGAGGACGAGACGUGUUGAGUUCGAUCCAGGAAGAGAUCACAGGAAGUGAACCUUUUAAAAUAUGAAAGAUUAAAAGUCUGAAAACAGGUUGUUUAACCCCCCCAAGCCUAUGUCAAUAUAUUUAAUUAUGAUAUAUUAAUUUUCAUUUCUGCAUAUGUCUUUGACAAGAAAAUAAAGUCGAUGGCUCCAAAGAUGUCGUUUUCAAAAUUUUAUGACAAAUAAAUGUAACUGAAGUUUGUUAUUUGACAAUUUAAUGAUACAAAAUAUUACAAAAAACUAGAAAUACAAAGAAAACCUAAAUAUAUAGAACUUAAAUAAAAGAAACAAACACAAAUGCAUCUUGAUUUUCAUUAGUUAAGCAAUAAAUCAGUAAAUAUAUUUUUUUAAGUAAACAAUCCUCUUAUUAUUCCAUAUUUUAUUAAAAGUAAAACCAACAUAUGCUGAGUAACAGAUUUUUGUCCCAAGCUGAAGUUUUAUUGUGAAGGAGAAAAGAGCGAUUUAAGUGUUUCAUCAUGUGGGUGUUUCCUGACUUUGACCAAAUAAAG